AGCCGCUCCAGUUUCUCUGUUCAUCUGAAGACAGCAGCAGUGUGCAGUGUGCAGUGUGCAGAGUGUGGAGAUGAAGCUGCUGCUUUGGCUCGUGGUUCUGCUCGUCCCCCCCCGCCCUACGGACUGCCUCCCCCUCCUCCCUCGCCCCCUGCUGCUUCACCUGGGGGAGGAGCUUUCCCUCCGUGUAGGGGGGGGCUCCCCUGCCUCUUCCAAGGGAGGAGAUCGCGCUCUGCUGCAGGAAGGGGGGGUGGAGAAGGGGAAGAGGUCGGAGGAGCCCCCCCUCUCCCUGGACCUCACCUUCCACCUGCUGAGGGAGGUGCUGCAGAUGGCCCGGAACGAGAGGCUGAACCAGCAGGCCAGCAGCAACCGCGCCAUCAUGGACAGCUUCGGGAAGUGAACCCCCCCCAGGAUCCCCCCACCGAAGCCCCCUCCCACAGACUCCUGGAGCCCUCCCAGCCUCCUGAAGCCCCACCACAGACUCCUGGAGCCCCCCCAGAGACUCCUGGAGCCC